AUGGAUACAAUCACAGAAAGUACGCGAAAAGCCUCCAAUCACAGAAAAUACGCGAAAAAAAUACAGUCACAGAAAGUAUACAAAAAGCAUACAAUCACAGAAAGUACGCGAAAAGCAUACAAUCACAGAAAGUACGCGAAAAGGAUACAGUCACAGAAAGUACGCGAAAAGCAUACAAUCACAGAAAGUACGCGAAAAGCAUACAAUCACAGAAAGUACGCGAAAAGCAUCCAAUCACAGAAAGUACGCGAAAAGAAUACAGUCACAGAAAGUACGCAAAAAGCAUCCAAUCACAGAAAGUACGCGAAAAGCAUCCAAUCACAGAAAGUACGCGAAAAGUAUCCAAUCACAGAAAGUACGCGAAAAGAAUACAAUCACAGAAAGUACGCGAAAAGCAUCCAAUCACAAAAAGUACGCGAAAAGCAUCCAAUCACAAAAAGUACGCCAAAAUCAUCCAAUCACAGAAAGUACGCGAAAAGGAUACAAUCACAGAAAGUACGCGAAAAGCAUCCAAUCACAGAAAGUACGCGAAAAGGAUACAAUCACAGAAAGUACGCGAAAAGCAUCCAAUCACAGAAAGUACGCGAAAAGAAUACAAUCACAGAAAGUACGCGAAAAGCAUCCAAUCACAGAAAGUACGUGAAAAGGAUACAGUCACAGAAAGUACGCGGAAAGCAUACAAUCACAGAAAGUACGCGAAAAGCAUACAAUCACAGAAAGUACGCGAAAAGCAUCCACUCACAGAAAGUACGCGAAAAGGAUACAAUCACAGAAAGUACGCGAAAAGCAUCCAAUCACAGAAAGUACGCGAAAAGCAUCCACUUACACAAAGUACACGAAAAGCAUCCAAUCACAGUAAGUACGCGAAAAGCAUCCAAUCACAGAAAGUACGCGAAAAGAAUACAAUCACAGAAAGUACGCGAAAAGCAUCCAAUCACAGAAAGUACGCGAAAUCAUCCAAUCACAAAAAGUACGCGAAAAGCAUCCAAUCACAAAAAGUACGCGAAAAGCAUCCAAUCACAGAAAGUACGCGAAAAGGAUACAAUCACAGAAAGUACGCGAAAAGCAUCCAAUCACAGAAAGUACGCGGAAAGGAUACAAUCACAGAAAGUACGCGAAAAGAAUACAGUCACAGAAAGUAUACAAAAAGCAUACAAUCACAGAAAGUACGCGAAAAGCAUACAAUCACAGAAAGUACGCGAAAAGGAUACAGUCACAGAAAGUACGCGAAAAGCAUACAAUCACAGAAAGUACGCGAAAAGCAUCCACUCACAGAAAGUACGCGAAAAGGAUACAAUCACAGAAAGUACGCGAAAAGCAUACAAUCACAGAAAGUACGCGAAAAGCAUACAAUCACAGAAAGUACGCGAAAAGCAUCCAAUCACAGAAAGUACGCGAAAAGGAUACAAUCACAGAAAGUACGCGAAAAGCAUACAAUCACAGAAAGGACGCGAAAAGCAUCCAAUCACAGAAAGUACGCGAAAAGAAUACAAUCACAGAAAGUAUACAAAAAGCAUACAAUCACAGAAAGUACGCGAAAAGCAUCCAAUCACAGAAAGUACACGAAAAGCAUCCAAUCACAGAAAGUACGCGAAAAGAAUACAAUCACAGAAAGUACGCGAAAAGCAUCCAAUCACAGAAAGUACGCGGAAAGGAUACAAUCACAGAAAGUACGCGAAAAGCAUCCACUUACACAAAGUACACGAAAAGCAUCCAAUCACAGAAAGUACGCGAAAAGCAUCCAAUCACAGAAAGUACGCGAAAAGAAUACAAUCACAGAAAGUACGCGAAAAGCAUCCAAUCACAGAAAGUACGCGAAAAGCAUCCAAUCACAAAAAGUACGCGAAAAGCAUCCAAUCACAAAAAGUACGCGAAAAGCAUCCAAUCACAGAAAGUACGCGAAAAGCAUCCAAUCACAAAAAGUACGCGAAAAGCAUCCAAUCACAGAAAGUACGCGAAAAGGAUACAAUCACAGAAAGUACGCGAAAAGCAUACAAUCACAGAAAGUACGCGAAAAGCAAAUAA